UCUUACCAUCGGCAGUGCACUUUUCACCUUUAUUCCUCACACUCAUUAGAUUGAUUAGAUAAAUGAUUUUCUUAAAGCUGGCACUGGCAUUAUGAAAUGGCCCGAGCUACAUUUUCCAAUUAACAAAAUAGAAAAAUUGUGUCACUUGAAACUGUGCCAAUGUGUGGUGUGUCCUAAUUAAGGGUCAUUCUAGCCUUAGCUUAGAGUUACACUGAAGCAGCCUCCCAAACCUGUAACCUUUGUGGAGGAAUGUCAGCUUCACUGUUUCCCUUUACACGCUGGAUUAAAAAACAAGCGCUGGACCCCUGCUGACGUUGUCGCGUUAAUGACCUGCAAAUGGAAAAGCUAUUUAAAGAGGCCUUGACCUGACGACCUAUUAUGGCUUUUCAAUAUUGCAUUUAAGACAGCACAUGAAUGAUGGCUGCUAAAGCGGAAAAGGUAUCCAAAUACGAAACUUUAAAGCUUCUAGAAAAGUGCAGAAAGGAAAGAGACGAUGCUCUGCACCGCGAGAACGCCAUGAGGGAGAAGAUGAGACUAUACGAGACUCGGAUGAGAUCGACCGAAGCGCUCAAACAAAAACUCAAGCAGCUGACUUUGGACAACAAGGAGCUGCGGAAACAUGUGAAGGUCCUGCGGGCUGAAAUCGGCUUAGAGGCCAAUCCCAAAUUUAACGGGAAAACCACGAAGGACAUCAUUAACGACCUGCACGACAAGGAGAUCGAGUGCAAUUCGCUGGUUGAGAAAGCGGGGAAAUUAAGUUUGACCAUUGACGAGCUCACAUCUGAGCUGGCAAACACCGUCACCUCUAAAACUCUCCUGGAGGACCAGGUCCAGUCCCUGCAGCAGAACCUGAAGGACAUGACUAACAACCAGCGGCGGCUCCUCAAACUCUGGGAAGACAAGAAGGCUCAGCGGGAGCAGCUCUCACUGCCCGCCAUUCCACAGAGACCCGGACAGAAACCCGUGGUUCACAAAGGCGUCCAGACGGAGAUGUCCAUCAGCUCAGCUCAGAUUUUACCCACGAACGCCUUUGAGACUAAGAACCGCCGAGACCUCGAUAAAAGCAGAACCAGCCUGGAAAGACGCAACAUAACUUUAGCGAACGGCACACACCGAUAAAGCAAAGGAAUACACAAGUGACCGUUAAUAUUGAGCCUUCUGAAUACUCAAACUUUUUUUGUCUCUACACAUCGCUUGGCUGCUGAAUGACUGGGAAUACUUUGAAUUUAUAUUAUAUUGUUUUUUUUUAAUGAUUAAAUUUAAUUUUUUUGACUUUGA